CCCGAGAGUCACGACGUACGCCGCCGUGCUGCUGUCAGUGCUCGCCGGCCGCCUUCUUGAGAUGGGUGCCGUCCACCGUAUGCUGCUGCUGCUGCUCGCCGGCCUGGCCCUGGCUCUGGGUCAGGCUCAAGCCAAGCAGGUCCCCAUCGUCAUCUGGCACGGGAUGGGUGACAGCUGCUAUAACGACUUCAGCAUGGGCAAGUUCGCGGCCCGACUCGAAUCCCACCUCGGGGAAGACGCCUACGUGAAACUGCUGUGUUUCGGCGACAACGUACUACAGGACACCCUGAGUGGAUUCUUUCAGGACGCGAACAAGCAAGUGGAUGCCGCUUGCAGGGCCAUCGCCGAGGACGAGCGCCUGAAGGACGGCUACCACGCCGUGGGCCUGUCUCAGGGAGGCCAGUUCUUGCGCGCCGUGGCGCAGCGCUGCCCGUUCCCGCAGAUGAAGGUCCUGGUGUCGCUCGGCGGCCAGCACCAGGGCGUGUACGGCCUGCCGCACUGCAAGACCACCGGGCUCACCCAGCCGCUGUGCGGGCUGGUGCGCAGGCUCCUCUCCCAGUUCGCGUAUUUUGGGUGGGUGCAACACGGGCUGACUCAAGCUCAGUACUGGCACGACGGCCACCGCCCGGACCGCUAUCGCCGGGGAAGUACUUUCCUGUCUGACAUCAACAACGACCUGGCGGAUCCCAGCCAGCGCAACCGCACCUACGCCGACAACCUGGCCAAGCUGGAGGCGCUCGUCCUGGUGCGCUUCAACCUCGACACCAUGGUGGUGCCCGUCGAGUCGCAGUGGUUCGAGUUCUACGCGCCCGACUCGAAGGAGAUCGUGCCCCUCGAGAGCAGUGCGCUGUACCAAGAGGACUGGAUAGGGCUGAGGGCGCUGGACGAGACCGGCCGGCUGGUGCGGCUGUCCGUGGACUGCGACCACUUGCGCUUCAGCUGGCCCUGGUUCUACGAGAACGUCGUCGACAAGUACUUGAAGUCGGCCGACUGAGCACGACGCAAGGCGUGACGCAAGCGCAGAGGACGUCAACCUCGCACACCGCAAGCGACGAUGUAAGUUACCUAUUUCGGCUGAGCCGACGCGGGAUCGAAUCGACUUGAUAAACUGGAAUACACUUUAGUUGAUGUUAUUCUUGUUCGCUUUGCGACAAACGCGUUUGUGAAAUACACGCCAAAACGGUUA